ACUCACAUCCUACUUCAGUAGGAAUUCCGCCUCACAAAAACCCUAGUGACAAAAAAUGCACUUUCCUUUCCACUUUAUUCUAAGAUGUGUAUCUGUGGUUCAUGAUGCAUAUGUUUUUUAGGUAAUGAAUUCUUCAUGCUAAAGUUUCCUUAAUGCUUGACUGAAGUUGUUUUUGCAGUGAAUUGAAGAUCAAGCUUUUAGUCUUCUGUAGACUUGAUGAUUAUGCAAUUACUGAACACUAUCAUAUUACUAUAACUUUGAAAAGGCAAUCAAUUGUCGAAGAGGAGGCUUAGAUAAACAUCUGCCUGCUAGGGUUUCUUUGUUAAAAAGGGGAAUUCUUUGUACCUUAGGAAUAUUCAAGUCCAACAUUGUUAGGCCUAAUUACUGUACAGAGAGAUAGAGAGAGAGAGAAGGGGGUAAUUCUUUAUAUGCAGAAGGGAGCAACCAUCAGGCCUGCCCCAGAUAUCCCCAAUUUCGACUAUUGGAACUUAUCCUCUUUCGCAGCAAAUACCAACAGUGAAGCUCAGAUUUACUCCUUUUAAAAUGUGUUCAAUACAGAGCUCGUUUGUUCCAUUAAUGGACUUCUACUCUUUGAGCACUUAUGCUCUUCCAAACCUCAAAAAUGUCCCUUCUUUUCUCCGAUUACCAUCACCUAAAGCCUGCAAUCAUCACUCAAGAUUAAGGGCAGUGCUGCCCAUAGAAGAAAUUCCCCCAAAUGCCCUUCGUCGGAAGAAUGAUCCACAGUGGAGAGGAGGAUUCAGUUUAGGAGUAGACUUGGGUUUGUCUCGAACUGGCCUUGCCCUUAGCAAGGGCUUCUCUGUUCGUCCUCUCAUGGUUUUGGAGUUGCGAGGGCAAAAGCUUGAGCUUGGGCUUCUUGAAAUUGCUGAAAAUGAGGAGGUAGAUGAGUUUAUCAUUGGGCUUCCUAAAUCUUGGGAUGGAAAGGAGACUCCUCAAUCCAACAAGGUUCGUAGUGUUGCUGGAAGGCUUGCUGUUCGAGCAGCUGAAAGGGGUUGGCGAGUAUUUCUGCAGGAUGAACAUGGGACAUCAACAGAAGCUACUUACCGCAUGAUCAACAUAUGGUGUUGGAGAGAUAUUUUCAGACGAGUGGGGAGGGAACUGAACUUGUACUACCAAAGCAAUUGGAUCUGCAACAUAAACUUCAAAAAGGUCCUCCUAAGGACAUCGAUUUUUAUCCUGAAUAAGUCCAUGGCUGAGAAUCAGAAUUUGAAGCAAUUCUUUGAUGGUAGGAUGUCAACGUGGUUUGCAGCCUUUAAUAGAAUGAAUUUUGAAUUCAUUUUUCUAUUCAGUUUUUGUUGGAUUACAUUAUAUGCACUAAUUCAUAUAGAGGAAUUGUACCAUGUAAAAUUUUCAUUAUGUGAUUACUAUACCUGCACAGAGUUUGUCAUAAUGAUUGCAGAUUUUGUCUUCAUAUCAUCAAAAGAGGCUUCUCUCUCUAAGUCUUUUAGAGAGAGGAAUCCUCUUGUUUUUUUUUUCUUUGUUUGUUUUAAGUUAGUAGGCCUUCUCCUUGCUGGUCCUGCGGCUGCACCUGCCCUUUCCGAGCGAGGGCGGCUCUUCCUACCUUGCCUGGUGGGUUUUUCUCCCGCCCUUUCCGAAUGAGGAUUGUAUAUAGUUUGUGGGCUUUUUGGUUUAGUCUCUUGCAGGUAAUGCUUCAUUGGGAGAGGACAUCUUUUGGUUGCCUGCUUGGUGUGUUGUAUGUGCUCUUGUUCUUUCUCUCUAGAUUUGAAACUUUGAAGGUGUUAAUGUGGCAUGCAAGUUCUUAGUUGUUGCAAGCGGCUCUUUUUUAGUUUUGGAAAGCUUGGGUCUCUCUUCUCUUUGCUCCUGAUGGCUCCAGGAGCUAUUUUUUGAUAUUUUCUUGUUGGCAACGGUGCCCUUGUUUUUUCCUGGCAAUUCAGGAGUGGCUUCUUCGAAAGUAUAUUUAGGUAGUUACGAAUUACUUGUGGAUGGAUCUUUAGGAAUCGGCUUUUAGUUGAGCUCUUUAUUCUUUGGGCCCUAAAGAUUCGAUUUAUGUUGUAGUUUGGGCCAUGGACAUUUUCUUUUCAAUGAUAUUCUCUAUAACUUGAUAUAAAUAUAUAUAUCAAAUCAAA